AUGAACGGAGGCCCCAAGGCCCAUCUGUCACCAAGCGCCACUGGGGGCCGAACGGCUAGCCCGAGUGCAUUCGCGAAGCGCUUGAGGCAAAUGCGGCAGAAAAUACGCGAUCGACAAUCUCACAACGCUGGCAAGCACGAUGUUCACACCAAUGAUGUGGAAAUCUUCUCGAAUCAUGUUCAGUCGAACCACCAAGCUGUUCUGAGAAAUAAGGGCAUCCAGAUUGGAGGGCUCGCGCGGGUCAACGGCCAAGAAGACGCGCGCCCCGACGCCAUGCUUCACCGACUGCCCGUUUCUCAAGACUCAGGAAGGUUGAGUGUCAAUGACACUGCUGAAUUCAUUAUUCCCAGAUCCGUACCUGCAGAAGCUCGCCUUAGUUUUAGAUCUUGCCUCCACGACCGUGCUCAAGAGACCCGGCCAGCGCCUGAUGACAGAAGCAUGGACUCCCUAUCCAGCUCCCUCUAUCUCUCCAACAAGGCCCACGCAACGCAUUCGGCUGUCAAACGGACUUCUUCAAAAGCCAAUCUGACAGCAACUCAGCCUCAUCGCAAGCGGGUUCAGGGCUUCGAGUCGUCAUUACAUCCGAAGUCGAAUAACUCUUCCACCACCAAAAGCGCGUCGAUCAUCGACCUCACCUACAGCGACGACGAGGUUCCGAUGCAGAGAACCUCGGCACCUCGAAACGAUGCCCGUACAAGCCAGGUUAAAGAUGGCGCACUCAAGUUAGGACAGGCGGCGCGGGCGUACAAGCCUACUGGUGCUGCGAACGCACUAUUGGCAGCGGACCGCGGAAGCAUUCAGAAAGGAUAUGAAGGAAGCGACAGUGGAGAGAUCUUCACAGGAGGGAACGAAACGGAACAAGACGCUUCAUCGAUCGCGAAUACCCUCCAACGUGAGAGCGCAAGGGAGACGAUUGAUGCCGAGCGUCCCGUCACGAACGAGUCAGCCAAGUACGAAGCGGACGACGAAUGGAUGUCAGAUGUCUGGUGGCAAUCUCCACUCGAGACCUCCCAGCAUCGACGUAAGAGCAAUGGCAGGGAUGGAGCUCCUCGCUACGUUCCCAGUAAAAUCGGCCAAAAAGACGAUCAUCAGGAGCAGGCACUGCAGAUUUCAGACAAGCGCCGCGUAAUGUGCGCGUUGGAUCCGACAGAUGCGACAGAUACCGGUGAGCGACGCCAGCAAAAGAACAGCGAGGCAGGUGUUAAGGGAAGUCAUGCCAGACUUCGAACGGAGUCGAGCAACGAUUACAAUAACCAUGCGGUAGGCACAGAUCAAGGAACCGGAUCGAAUCAAAUACCCGCUGGAAUUCUUGAGACUCAAGACUGCAAGCCGGUGGUCAAUCCCUUCUACGAGUCCGACUCAGAUGAUGGUGCGACGACCAGGCCCAAUGCCCGCGAUCGAGGCGGUCUCACAUUCAUCCACACUCCGCAACGCCCAAGGAUGGAUUUUGGAAGCGCAGUUCCCACAAGCCAAGAUUACGAGGCUAGACUGAAGGAUUUACAGCCGAAAGUUUGCCCGCCAGAAGGUGACCUGUUCGUUUCCAGGAGCCAGGGCCUCAACCAAGAGCCACUUCAUGACUGGCUACAGCAGCCAGAUCCCAUGGUGGUGGAGACCUCAUUCACUUCAAGUACAAGCUCAGGAAGCGCACUGGGUUUUGAGACUCCUCCGUCAUCCAUCACAUCUGACGCUAGUUUUGCAGCGCAUGCGGAUGCAAAGCCCGCCGAUGCGGUCGCCGUCACUUCAACAACAUCCGGGGUGCGGACUCCGACAGGCCAGCCAAGAAGCGAAGCCACUGAUUCUAAGCCGCCCGCCGAGACGCCACAAGGUAGCCCAAAGGGCAGGGGACUCCCCUUGGACAAGUCGCAGAGAGACAAGAUCAAAAUGAUGAUGGAUAAAGGACGGGUAAGAAACAGAGCUCUGACGACAACAAAGCAGCCAGCGCAAAAGACUCAGACUUGGGCACGACCUUCCCAUGGCCUGCUUGAGAAGCUUAUGCAGGGGAAGCGCCCUGGACAACCCGAGGGCACUCACUCCAAGGCUCCGAUCCAUAUCGAGAUCCCUGACGACCCAGAAGAGGAGGAAGACGAUGACGAUGACGAUGAUUACGACACAGCUAGCGAGGGCCUGCCUGCAAUCGACGUGAAGAAAUCCAUAGCAGCUGGCAAGGACGUACUUGAAGCUAAGGUGAAAGUCUUGAAAGAGCGCCAUCCGGGAAGUAAGAACAGCAGCGGCGCAGCAAACACGACAUCAACCGAACCAUCUGCGUUUUCCAGGGCUAUGGCUGUGCUCGGGUCUCCCGAACCACUUGGACGUCCGCAACAUGAAGGUGGUCCCGCCGCUGAGAAAGCCGACAGCAAGUUCGUGCCCCUCAAAAGACCUUCCACCAAAGCUACUUUCGAAGUCCACAGUGGCGCUCGAGCGGCAGCUAGAGACGUAGACGUAGCGACGCGCGGGCCGGUUCUUGUUACAACCAUUAUUGAUGGUAGCGUUCCAAAAGCCGACACGGCGCCCACGAGCGCCCAGUUCAAGCCGUCCGAAGUUGGCUUCGACACAGAGUUGCAAGACCAUGAUCUGGAAGAACACGAUGCGAUCCGCAGAAAGAAGGAGCAUGAAGCCGAGCUGGCGGCAAAGACCGCUGCAGAAAAGGCUGAAGCCGCGAGAAGGGCAAAGCCGGAAGAAAAUCGCAGCAUGCAGGGUACUCUCAAGGCUCAGAUCCAACAGGCUUUGAAACGGGCGGAGGAGAAGCGGCAGCAGGAAGAAGCAAAGAGAGAGGCAGAUGAGGAAAAGAAGAGAGCAGAUGAGGAGAGGAGGAAGCGUGAGGAAGCACGGAAGAAGGCGGAUGAUGAAGAGAAGAGAAUCAAGAGGGAAGCUGAAGAGGUAGCACGGAAGCGUGCUGAGGAUGAAAGAGCCGCCGUUGAGAGGGAGAAGCGUAAAGACGCUGAGGCAGCGGCGAAGAACAGUGAGCUUGCCGCCAAGCUUCGCCUCGUUGCGCAGCGGAAUGCCGAACGACGUGCGGCUGAGACCAUCCAAAUCAAUGCCAACAAGCCAGAAUGUUUAUAUGCUCCAGCUGACAAACAGAACACCGACUCGAAGACUGUCAGUACGCAGUCUCCCAUUACUGCAGGAGUCCAAGCAGCCGCUGGCGCAGUUUCACCUCCUUUUAGCCUCCACGCAAAGUGUGACAGCAGAGCGCCGAGCAACCUCCCAGAUUUCCGUAAGAAGGCUCCGGCCGUCGAACGAGCACUGGACAGCGGGCCCUCGCAAAGCGUAACAAUUUCCUCCGAGAUCAGGGAACCCCCUACGGCGGCUCAGUUAAGGCGCAAGCCAAAGCCGUUGCUCACUCCGAAGCAGAGGCAGCAGUUGGAAGAAGGUAAAGCAAGAGCGAUAGAGGUCGCGAAGAGAUUGGGGCCAGCUAACGGUUCACAAGAGCGAGGUAAAGUCGGAGCGGCACAGAACACUCAAGAGACGCCGAAAAGGAAGCAUAGGAAAAAGGAAGAGGUGGCUGCGAUCGAGCAGGUAAGUCGGCCCAGUACACCACUAGCACAAGACAAUGUAGGAGCACAAGAAGAGGAAGAAGAGCCCCAAGCACACCCCCAGAAGACACUCUCACAGGAAGAUCUCUGGGUUAUUCAUCAUCGCGAUAGUGGAAAGAAGUGGAAAGAAAUCCUAGCACUAUGGAUCGAGAAUGGCGGAAGAAAUCUGACCCAAAAUGCGCUGCAGAUGAGAUAUCGGCGGGCCAGAGAUGUUCCCGGAGAGCCACAUGCGCCACGACAAGGACCUGGUCGGCGUACAGAGACCUUGGCGGAUAUCGCACGAUUGUGGAAGCUACCUGCGACAGAGAGGGCGACAGUCGCUGCCUCCACAGCAGGGCCGGAAACAAUCAGCAAUGGUGCGGCCAGCCGCUGGGACGCUUUCGAUCCCGGAUCUGACCUUCAUGGCUCUGCCGGGCUACCGAAUAAUCCGAACCCUAAUAGCAACAGGCACAGACCAGGCACCAGCACGGUCUCGGAACAACUCGACGAUCUCACUCUGAACCCACGAACCAGCUCCGUAGCAGACCCGACCUCACAGAAUCACGGCACGGUGCCAUGGGCCUUUCCGGCAAACCGUCCAACAACUGGGGGCAAAUCUUACAACGUGGAGGCGUUCAAGGCCUACCUAGCUAGCCUUGAUGCGGACGAAUCCGAUUGUGGCCAGGCUGAUAGGGAGCCAUCCCCCGUCACCGAGGAAGACGCAUACCAUUAUCGCUAUCACGUCAAGCGAAAGACCUGGGCCGAGGACGAGGACGAAGAUGACGCCGAGUGGUUCGUGGUUGACGGCGAGACGUCUUACAGCACCCUUGCGGACGCCGAGAUAGCGGCUGGCCGCGAAGCUUGCCGGCAUCGCCAAGGCAUUGGUCUGCGAGACGUGCGUAGCUGGUCGUUCGAGCUUGACGAAAACGAUCUACCCCAGUACCUCGGGAGCUGUAGAGACGGACACUUCAGGAUCAUGGUUGACCGAAUUUUGUGCAAUGCCAGCUCUGGUCAGCUGCCAGAAUCCAAGGUGGGCUGGAUAUCCAAGAGAGGGUGGGAGAUCAUGCGUCAAACCACGACCAAGACUGUGACGAAAGCCGAGGACGACCUCUUCGAUGAACAGGAGGAGCAAGAGACGACUGAAGUCGAGGUCGUGGACGGGAUAUAUACGGUACUGGACGAGGCGAACAAAGUCGCGAGCAAAAUAGUACUGGCGAUGACGACCACCAAUUCAAGGCGCAUGGACGAUCAUCUGAAGAAGAUUGAGGCUGAAAAAGUGAUGCGGAAGCAUCUGAAGAUGCUAGAGGAUACGGAAGAGGCGUUCUACGACAAGGUUGUGGUUAACGAGUCGGUGGUGGUGGAGAUUUGGGUGGAGGGGCGUGAGAUAAAGGGACCGCGGAAUAUAUGA